UUUAUAAUUGAUAGGUACCAACGGUUGGAAAAAUAAUCAUGAAAAACCCUACAAUCCUUUGCGUAUCUCAACAUGAAAAGUUGCCUUAAUUUUCUACGAAAUUUUUGAAAUGGAAAUCGAUGAAGAAGAUAGUUGUAAUUUGUUAAAUCAAGGUUAGCUGUAGUUACGUACUAGUAGGAUGCGUCCGAACAUUGAUAGUGUGCAAAUAUUUAUAAAAUAUUUGGCGGUAUUUAAUCGUUAACGUUAGCCAUCGAUGCGACUUAGCGGUAAAUACAAGAUAAAAGACAUAAAACUUAAAUCUAAGUUAAAUUUAUGUAGCCUAGAAAGGUAGAAAAAAGUUACAAUGAGUAACAGAGAAAAAAGUGAUUCACGAUCAGAGCAAUGUGUUAAGGGUAAGGAAGAAAGGGAUAGGAGGCAAUCAGUGUCUUCACAAAGCGAUAAUUCUGAUAUUAAGAAAAGCAGGCGUAACACAUGCAGCAAAGAUAAAAGAAAAAAAUCAAAACAUAGAAGUAGCUCAAGCAGUUCAAGUUCUUCUAGUGGCUCAAGUCGUGAAGCUAAACACUCUAACGAUAGAGACAAAAGAAGCAACAAGUGGGACAAAAGAUAUGAAAAUGGAAUUAGAAUGUAUCGAACAAAUACAAGGGAAGGUAGAGGAUAUUAUAAAGGACGUAGUGGGUACUUAGAUAAUCGAAAACGUAUGUUCAACUAUCGACCUUAUAAGCACUCCGGGUUUUAUGAUAGGAAUAGGAUGCAUAAUAAUUCGCAAUAUCAUAAAUAUAAUAAUGAAAGGAGAAAUAAUAGAUUUUCAAAUCAUAAUAUCAGAAGACCACCAUAUAAUAGAUCUAGGAGUAGAAGCAGCCAGAAUUAUGAUUAUCAAAGAGGUGUAAAGGAUUCCAGUGAGCAAUCAAGAGAAAGUAAUUCAAAAGAAAGGCAUUUGAAACGUGGUAACAUUGAUAAAAUAGAAUCAAGGAAAGGAAAUGUAGACGAUUCUUAUGCAAAAGGAAAAGACAAGAAGAAAGAAGAAGAAGAUGUAGAAGAAAAGACUGAUCAUUCUAUUCAUAAAAAAUCUAAGAGGAAAAGAUCUUUAUCUUCUUCGAGUUCUUCAAGUGUUAGCAGUACCAGUAGCGACAGUAGUAGCAGUAGUUCUAGCAGCAGCAGCAGCAGUAGUAGCGAUAGUAGUAGCAGUUCUAAUACCUCUGAGGAUGAAAGGAAACGUAAAAAAGCAAAGAGAAAAGCUAAAAAGUUGAAGAAAGUAAUGAAGAAACGUAAGAAAAAGAGAAGAAUGAAGAAAAAGUUGAAAAAGAAGCUAAAAAAGUCAUCUUCCAAAAAAAAGGCUCGCAAUCCUGAGAAAUCUAAAGACAAUGUUUCUAAAGAUGUUCCACAAGAAAUAGACAAAUCAAGGGCAAUGGCACCAAUGACAAAAGAAGAAUGGGAGAAAAAACAAAAUAUAAUACGCAGAGUUUAUGAUGAAGAAACUGGAAGAUAUAGAUUAAUUAAAGGUGAUGGAGAAGUCUUAGAAGAAAUAGUCAACAGAGAACGUCACAAAGAAAUAAAUAAACAAGCAACUAAAGGAGAUGGAGACUACUUCCAGGCACGCUUAAAAACCAAUGUUUUUUGAACUAUUUUUCUAUGUAUACUAAAGUAAUACUCUUACAUAGUAAUUACUUUAUUGUCAAUGUUAAAGUCCGGUAUGACAAUAUGUUUUAUAAUGUCUCAAAGAAAAUACUUAUGUUGUACAUUAAUAAAACUUAUCUACAGUGUAAUGUUAGUUACAUUACGUGCAUAUAACAGUCUAUAGUUGGUGACCAAAUCUUAAGAUGUAAUUAGCAAUGAGAACAAUUUACAUUUUAAAUCAGUUUUAUACAGAUUUAAAAUAGAAUUUUCAUAUUUCUCUUUUAAUAUUCAGUAUCAUGUAUGAAAUUAACACAAAUUUUAUUGAAUAUACAUAGGCAUGAUACAUAAUAGAAUACAUUGAAGAAAUUUUGUAAUUGUUUAUUAUCUUAGUAAAUCGAUUACAUUAUUUUCAUAAAUAAAAACUUAACGUUAAAUAAUUCGAUUUUAAAAUAUAAAUUUUAUCUUAUACACACAUAUCUAUUGCUUAAGUAUUAUGUACAAAAUAUUUUACAAAUUCAUAACAUUUAUACAAUAUUUCAGUUAAAUUUUUUUUAAUUGAUAUCUGAAAAUUUAAUGUUUAUUUUCUUGAACACCCUAUAAACAAUAAAAUCAUCUUAUUGCAAACAUUAAUAAAGAAAAACAGAAUGAAAGCUAAACUGUUAUAAACUGAAGAGAAAUUUUACAAGUAAAUUUACUGUUGAAUGCAAAUUUUUAAAGCACAGAAAAUAAGCAAAUACAUGUAAGAUAUAACACUUAUAGUCAAUAUAACUGAAUAGAAUAAGUUGUAUGGCCGUCUCGAUAGAUAGGAUCAUCUGUGAUUAUUGCACGACAUAACGGACAUGAACGUUCUCUAUUUAACCAGGUUAAAACACACAUUUCACAGAAAAUAUGGUUACAGUGUAGUUUCACUGGCAUUGAAUACUCUUCAUGACAAAUUGCACAAACACCUCCAGAUGCUAUCAACUGUUCUUUGGAUGGUGACACUCCUAAAUUCUAUAAAGAUUAAAAUGAUUUUUUAUUAUUAUUAUUAUUAUUAUUAUUAUUAUUAUUAUUAUUAUUAUUAUAUAUAAUUUUUCUUAUAAUAAGAGUAUAACACAUACCAUAUUUUGAAAUAGUUUGCAAGCAGCAGUUUGAAAUAACUUUAAACAGGAUAAUAAAUCAGUUCCUUUACUGACUAUAUAUAAUACAGAGAUGAAAACUCCAAUAAUUUUUUCUGGACCUUGAUACGCUUCAAAAAAAUAAUAUAGCCACGGUUGAACAGGUACAACACAUCGAUACAGUUGAGAUGUUGCUUCCAACAUAAGAUAAUAUUUCCCCUAAAGUAAAAUUAUCUUUCAGUUUUUAAUUUAUUUAUCUUAUGAAAUAAUUAUGUAUUAAAACUUACUUUUUUCCGGAAAGCCAGAAAUCUGGAGGGUAGGCAUGUUAAAAACACUUUACAAAUAAUAGUAAUAAGUUUCAGAAUAAAAUCUGUUAUCAAAAUUGACCACAAUAAUUCCCAGAUUGUAAGAGGCUGAGUAUAAGAAAAGAAUAUAUGUGUAUCGUACUCAAAAUGAAUAAAAACUAUACAUGCAAUAAUAUAACAUGUGAUGACUAAAAGUGAAGUCCAACUUUUAUUAUGCUGUUUUGCAAUUUCACGUUUCACAACAUUAUUAGCAUGAUUAAAUGUGACAAGUAA